GCUCGCAGCAGUGAAUUGAUGCGGCUGUGCUGCGUGAAAGCCCAGCAGUUGCUUUGACGAGUCAUCGCUGGAGAAGAUCCCAGAGCAGACGGAUCCGCUGUCUGAUGGCUUGAAAACGGGGAAUCACUGUGGACCGCAGCGGAUUUAUAGCAUCGUACGAGCCCGGAGGAGCGACGCGGAGGCGGCACGAGCGGACCGGGUGCCAACACGGGUCGGGAUACAUUACCUUUAAGUGAGGCUGUUAUCGUUUUUUUUUUGUUUUUGGAAGCCUUACACAGACAACACGGAGAGAAAAGUAGUACCACAGCCUCCGCGACAGCAGCGGGCGAACUUGUCAUCUCUGUCCUGUGGGAGGUGUCUGUCUGUCGGCUUGGGGCUCUCUGCACGCACCGCUCGUCUCGUCUCUGAUUGGACCUUUUUAAUUUGAGGGAUAUUUGUUGUGUUUUGUACAAAUCGCUCUUAUUUAGUGUUUUCCCUCAACCAACUGUGGCUUUAAUGUGACGCACCACACUGACACUUGUGCUGUGUGUAGAGCAGACCCUCUGCAGAGGAGUAAAAGGCUCCCUAAUCAAGUUUUUCCCCCCUUCACAUUUCUGCGGCAACAGCACAGACCACACCGAUGUCAUAGGGACAAGGACAGAAGCAGACCAAGCUGGGCCAGGCUAGGCCAGGCCUAGGCCUACCUAGCCAUCAAUCUGGCCUUACAAUAGAGGCCAGCAACCUCUCUUGGAAGUCUUUUGUUCAGGCAGCUGAGGAGGCUUCAGCCUGGUCUUACAGAGACAUCCCCAGACCUAAAAAUCAAACUUUGGAGUCCAGGCAUCUUCUGUCAUCUUUUAAGAGGCCAUACUGGUCUAAUCGAUCUCCAGUCAUUCCAUGUUGCGGUCAUCCCAGUCUGGUUGUUGGCAGCAGGAUGGAGUUACGUGUUGAUUUGACGGUUAUCGUCUCACUGCAGUGCUUGCACCCCUCCUCUGUUGACUGCCUUUCAUCCCUUCCCUCCCCAGUUUUUAAGAGAAAGCCCCUUCCACUCACCUGGGGCUUCCCUGAGCCCUCCACGAAAGGGCCUUGUAGAAACUGUGGGUUGUUAAUUUAAAACAUUGCAAAGAGGAAAACAAAAAAAAAUACAAAAGACAUCAAGGAUUGCUGCAUUCAGUCAAUUUUGUUUUUUGUUCUAUUGCAUAUUAACUUUCCUUUUCUUGCGGUUUGAUCAAAGGUUAAUGAACUAGGAGGUUGAGAUCUGCGCUCAGAGUUUACAGGAAUAAGUUACAUAAAAGUCUCUACAUAAAGAUUUGCUCUUUUACAGUUUGAGCUUUUUUUUUUGAAAGAAUGUCUGAAGAAAAUAGCAGCAGCAAAGCAGUGAAAUUCAUUGCUCCUCUUGCCCCCGUUUCUUCUCCGUCCCCCUGCCCAUCACCCCAGACCCCCCACAAAAAUGUGAACGGCUCUGCCAGUUCAGACACGCAUGUCGUGGAGAAGCUUCUUGGAGAGCCGGAGGUCCAACGUCGGCGCCACACAAUGGAUAGAGACUCUAAAACGGCCGAGCACCGUUUCUUCCGCCGGAGUGUCAUUUGUGACUCGAAUGCCACAGCUUUGGAUCUUCCCAGCAAAGCAGCUGUGUUACUCACAUCACCCCCAGACUGUGAAGGGACUCCCAUCAUCUUCUCUCCGCAGCUUUUAAACCUUGGAGGACAGGAUUAUGAAGGUGAGGAGUCCCAAAGAGGUUCCUAUCUGCAGAGCAGUACCCUUCAGCCUUCAUUUGGGCAUGGUGGGGCAGUCGAAGAGGGGGAUCUACAAAAUGCCGAGGGAGAUUUGGAUGUGUGCACGAUUGCUGUUCCUACCAGUAGCAGUGUUGAACAUAGUGCAGAUGGGGCAGUAACAGAGCCCAGCUCGACAGUAUUGGAUGUUACCAAUAAAACAGUAGCCAAACAGCCUGACAUCGUAUUGCGUCCCAGAGGGCUUCAGGAACAGGUGGCCAAAGAUGGAAAAGCAGUAGGAAAUGUGUAUGAGGGAAGCAUCAGUAGUCCAACCGAGGAGAAAGACAGGGAGACGGAGGAGGAGAAGGGGCUCGCGAAAGCACGGGCAGAGCAGAGGGAACGGGAGCAAGAGGACAUAGAGGAGGCUGAAACAAAAGCUGUAGGGACUUCACCAGAUGGACGCUUCCUGAAGUUUGACAUUGAGAUCGGGAGAGGGUCUUUUAAGACUGUCUACAAGGGUUUGGACACUGAGACAACAGUGGAAGUGGCAUGGUGUGAGCUACAGGAUCGUAAACUGUCCAAGUCCGAGCGUCAGCGGUUCAAAGAGGAGGCCGGCAUGCUGAAGGGUCUCCAGCAUCCUAACAUUGUCCGCUUCUAUGACUCCUGGGAGGGUCCCUGCAAAGGAAAGAAAUGCAUUGUUCUCGUCACUGAGCUCAUGACAUCUGGCACGCUAAAAACCUACCUGAAGCGAUUCAAGGUGAUGAAAAUCAAAGUUCUGCGUUCAUGGUGCAGACAGAUCCUGAAAGGCCUUCACUUCCUGCACACCAGAGCGCCACCCAUCAUUCACAGAGACCUGAAAUGCGACAACAUCUUUAUCACAGGGCCCACGGGCUCGGUGAAGAUAGGGGACCUGGGGUUGGCCACGCUGAAGAGAGCCUCUUUUGCCAAGAGCGUCAUAGGUACACCAGAGUUUAUGGCUCCAGAGAUGUAUGAGGAAAAGUAUGAUGAAUCUGUAGAUGUCUAUGCUUUUGGGAUGUGUAUGCUGGAGAUGGCUACCUCAGAGUACCCCUACUCCGAAUGCCAAAACGCUGCCCAGAUCUACAGACGAGUUACUAGUGGAGUGAAGCCUGCCAGCUUUGACAAGGUAGCCAUUCCCGAGGUGAAAGAAAUUAUCGACUGCUGCAUCAGAACUAACAAGGAUGAGAGGUAUGCCAUAAAGAUCCUGUUGAACCAUGCCUUCUUCCAGGAGGAAACAGGGGUCAGGGUUGAACUGGCAGAAGAGGACGAUGGAGAAAUGAUCGCUAUUAAACUGUGGCUCAGGAUAGAAGACGUGAAGAAGCUCAAAGGAAAAUACAAAGACAACGAAGCCAUCGAGUUCUCCUUUGACCUGAACAAGGACGUCCCCGAAGAUGUGGCCCAAGAAAUGGUUGAGUCUGGCUAUGUUGCUGAGGCUGACCAUAAGACCAUGGCCAAGGCCAUCAAGGACCGCGUGUCUCUGAUCCGGAGGAAGCGAGAGCAGAGGCAGCUGGUACGAGAGGAACAGGAGAAGAGGAAGCUGGAGGCAGAACAACAACAGCAGCAGCAGCAGCAACAGCAACAACACGAUACACACAAAGCUUCACACACACAGGCAGAGACCGAGGAGACCGAAGUGGAGCAGCACCAGCUUCUCUAUCAGCAGGCGAGCAUCUCACACACAUCUGAAGGAGGCGUGGACAGUGGCCAGGGUUCCUCUGUUUUCUCCUCAGACUCCCCCCACCUGGGUCAGCUGACCAUGUCGUACAGCUGCACCCCUUCUAGCCAGCCUCCUUCCCAGCCCCAGCCCCAGACCCCCUAUCCCCCCACCCCCUCCGCUACCCCACAGCAGCACCCGGGCUACGCCCAGCCGCUGCAGCCAAUGCCUGUGUCGCACCACCGUCGAUGUCGUAGCAUGUCUGUUUGCGUUCCCCCUUCCUCCUACUCCUUUUCUCACGUUCCUCCGUCCCUGGUUGUUCCUCCAAAACAGCCCGCCACACCUCCAGACCUGUCCUCCUCGUCCCCUUACACCACUGCCUCAUCAUGCACACCUCUCACAUCAGAGAGGGACACAUUCACUAGGUGCCUCUCCAAGGCCCUGGAGACAGUCCUGCCCCUUCACUCUGCCUCGUCUCAGCCCAGGGCCAGGCAGCGGCGGGCCAGCCUACCUGCCCUGUUCUCAACCCCUCAGCAUUCAAUGCCACACCCUUUCAGCGGAGGACCAAGCACAGGAGGAGGAGCAGGAGGGAACGUCCCUCUUCCAGCUCUCCCAGACCCCCCGACUAUUUUCUUCCCCUCUAUCCCUGAGCGUCCCAUUUCCUUCUCACCUCCUCCUACUGGGCCUCCAAAGGCCUACAACACUCAGAGACGCAAGAGCACUUCCAUUCUCGAGGCGCAUACCCGACACUUUCAGCCUGCUUACCCUCGUUACGGGAGCAGCCUCCACCCUUUUUCUGGCAUGGAGGGCGUUGAGGCUCCUUCUCUCUUCAUGGUUAAUCCUGGUUUUGCAGCAGCUGCUCAAAGACUUGGUGUUGGGGAACCCCUCCAUCUCCCAGGACAAUCUGAUCCAAGUUUUUAUGGGUUCAAAGACAUGAGAGCAGAGCACGAGGAAGCAGUGAGGAGACUCAAUCUAAAUCAAGCAGCCUUAUUGGACCAUUAUGAAGCAAUGGCAUAUGGAGGCUACCCAAUGACUGCACACCAGCUUUUCCAUCAGCAGAGGCAGGCAGCAGCUGCAGCUGCUGGUUUGGGUUUUGAUCCUGGUCCUCCAUCUCAAGCAGGGUUCUUACAUCCUCAUAUCCUGCAAAGAAUGAGUGCACACAGUCCAAUACCGCCACCCUUACCCCCCAUGAGUGCAUCCACGGUUGGCUCUAUGUCUUCUUCAUCAUCCGAGGGAUGCUAUGCUCCACAGCAUGCUUCCUCAUCCUCCUUUCCUAUUUCUGCACCUCCAGUAAUGGCCGACGCCCCGCCACCUACCGGAAGUGUUUUUGAGUUUCAUUUAGCUGCAGCCGCUGCAGCUGCAGCCGCUGCUGGAGAUCCAAGCCUCCUGGCAUCCAGACUUUACCGGGCCAGACGGAGUUCUAUGGAUCUCCCUCUAGAGGACAGCCCUGGGACGGGAUCCAGUGGCUCCGGCACAUAUAGUCGUCUGCAGCCAGUGACAGAAGAGCUGUACUCUUACGUGAGUCCGGAGCUCCCUUUACCUCCGGGAAGUCUCCUCCUUCACCACGCAGGUUUGACUGUAAAAGACAGAAGUCCCGAUCCUUCUAGCGACUCUCUGACCUCCUCUGAUGCAGGAGAGUUCCAGUCACCACCUCCGCCACCUCUUCCUCCUUCCUUCGAGUUCUCAGCUGCUCAGUCCAUCCCUCGCUCGUCCUCCACUGCGCCUUACGAUUCACCAGGGGGAGUUCUUCACGCAGAUCCCCAGGGGCAUCCGCCUUCAGUGCAGAACUUUCUGCCCACCACACCAUCGUCCGAGCUCCCGCUUGGGGGGUCGUCAUCAAAUCAGCUGGAGUCUCUGAUCCAGAGCUCCUGGGCCCGGCACGGGGGAAUGGUGCCAGCUCAACCUGAUAUGACAUACCACGAGUCACUGCUGGCCAUGCAGGCCGCUAACCCUCCUCUGCAGACUCAGGUGUCCUCCCCUCAGCCAACUUCAGGACCUGCUUUGGUCCCUGCCAGCACACAGCCACCACUUUCUGGGACUGCCCAACAGGUUGCCUCAUCUAGCCAGAGUAGCACAUCACUUCAAAGCCCCACACACACACCUCUGCCACAGUCACCUGCACAGCCUGGUGUAACUCCACCUACCUCUACCGUUCCUUUGGUGACCCUUCCUUCUCCGUUGCUGUCUAUUGCCAUCACAAUGCCGAGCGCGGCCGUGGCUCCCCCUCCCUCUCCUCUGCCAGUCCCUGUUGGGGUGGUGCCUACUAUUGUUUCCCCUCCUCCUCCUACUCCCGCACCCACAUCUGUGCCUCAGGCUUUGGCCACGGUGGUGCCAAUCAUCAGUGUAGUCAGCGCCCCGCCUGAUACCCCCAUGGAAGCCCCCCCUCAGCCUGCCUCACAAUCUUCAGAGUUACCUCAGUCCCAGCUACAGCCGCCUCAAGUUCUCUCAUUCAUAGAGAGUGGCCAUUCUGAGACUUCAGGUUUGAGCGACGGCAACGAGGGAGGAGGAGGUCGUCAUGAAGGGCGCUCGGCCAAGCGACACCAGAGACGUUCUGUGCGAAGUCGAUCACACCAUGAGAAGACGACCAAGGCGAAACUCAAUGUUCUCAAUAUCUCCAACCUUGGAGACAGGGUAGCGGAGUGUCAGCUGGAGACCCACAACAGGAAGAUGGUGACCUUUAGGUUUGACUUGGAUGGAGACAACCCUGAGGAAAUUGCCCAGAUCAUGGUCGAGAGUGAGUUUAUCCUGGAGAGCGAGAGAGAGUCAUUUAUUGAACAGGUCAGAGAGGUGAUAGAGAACGCUGAUGAGAAGGGUCUGGAAAGAGAUGCCAACAGCCAGACAAAGAAAACAAUGGCAGGUGACACGCAACAGCAGAAUCCUGCAAUAUCUGCCCCCAUGCAAGGCAUCCCACCCAGUCCAUCUGCACAAGUGGUCCACUCGGCAGGUCGGAGAUUUAUCGUCAGCCUUGUACCCGAGGCGAGGCUGAAGGAACAAAUGCUUCCCACCUCUCCUUCUCUUGUGCCUCAUGUUGAGACGGUUUCUCCACCUCCAUCACAGACUCCAGGUCAAGGUUUGGGCUUGUCCCAUUCUACAGGAGCAGUCAGCUUACACCAAGCAUUCUCUGAACUCCGACAGAACCAAAAUCAGCUUGAUUCAGGGCCCAACACUGCCCCACCCUCCAUCCACUCCACCCAUCCUCCACUUCUGGAGCCUGCAGCAGCUUCUGUCCCUUCACAGAGUAGCACACUCACUCCCACUGUGGAUGCCGCUGCUGGGCAUGUCCCUUCUAAUUUAAACACAACACAGGAUGCCUCUCUUCCUCCUCUUUCUGUAUCCUCGACCCCUUCCGCCAUCCAUCUCAGUCCUCCCUGUUCCUCUUCUCCUCCCCCUACAACAGUGAAUCAAAGCAUCCUUCAAUCACAGGUACUUCCACAGCCAGUAACUCAGGCUGUCUCACAACCCCAGACACAGGUACAAGCACAGCCUCAGCCCCAGGCUUUCAGCCACCCUCAGUCCCAGACAGUUUCUUCUGUCAGUGCUGCUUCAGUACCUUCCACUUUACCAACAGUGGUUCCCCCUCAAAUGCUCACCUCCCCUCCUCUAGCCCACACUAUUCCUUUUGUGUCCUCCCCGCCCUCUUCAUCUCUUAUAGCCAGUGAAGUCUCCUCUGAUCAUUCAUCAGUCUUGCCAACUCCUUCCCUGACCUCCUCAGUCAUCCCCACCACUGCCAUCCUAGGUCCCCAGCUCGCGCCCUCUGUUGUCUCCCUCCCUGCUCCUACUCCCUCAUCGUCCGCUGGAGGACUUCUGCCGGUGACCACAAAUGUCCCCACAGUCCAACCAACUUUGGUGCACUCUCAGCCUCAGACAGCAGCCCUGCCUGGGCAGACGCACGCCCACAAUGACUGCGAGCCCAGAUGUGAGCACUCCUCUGAGUCGCAGUGCAAACCAGACGACAUCCAAGCUCUGGAAAUGAAGCUGCGCUCUCUCUUCAUGGACCUCGGAGGCGGGGUGCCUUCCACCCAGGGAGACAUCGUAGCUGCUGAUCUGGCUGCUGUGGCAGGUACCUCGUCACCAGUAGGACCUUGCUCCACCUCCACCACGUCUGUCACAGCAUCUGGCUCCAGAGAGUCAGCCAUUCCUCCUCAACCCCCUUCCAGCCUGGCGCUGGGAUCACUGGGAUCCCCUGCUCCAAUCCAGGGCCCUGGGACGCCUGUCUUCACCCCUGCACAGUCUAUCAUCCCUGUCUCAUUAGGCCAGACCACUCCAUCCAAAACGCCCUUAUCCAGAGUACCGGCCAGUUCUCCUCCUUCAGAACUCCCGCCACCCUUCCCUGGACCUUGUGUAAUACAGUCUCAGCAGCCUCUGGAGGACUUGGAUGCCCAGUUAAGGAGAGCGUUGAGUCCAGAGACUGUUUCUGUGGGCGGUCAGGCCUCCCACAUUAGUGUGGCUUCAGUUGGACAACCAGUUCCUUUUCCAGUGGAGGAAGAAACUUUGUCCUCUCCUGUUCAUCCCCCUCAAACUCAAUUAGGACGAUUUAAGGUCUCACGGGCUAUCGAAGAGCCCGCUGUCCAGCGACCGGCCUGCACCGAGUCUUCCUCCACCACCUCCUCCACUUCAUCUUCUUCAUCAUCCUCUACUCUCUCGAGCCCAGAGAACACAUUGCACAAAAACUCCUCGUUGCCUCUGAAAGCGGAAGGAGCAGGAAAAACAGGAGACGUGGUGGACGGGCCCCCUCACAAGACUCCCGUUGGAUCCCACCACCCCUCCCCUCUAACAUCCCCUUGCCCCUCCCCCAAACCGCCCACCACCACCAUAGGACGCUUUCAGGUUACUCCUAAACCCGAGGCCCGCGUUGGUAGAUUCUCAGUCAGUCGUGCUGAGGAGGAGAGUCCUCCACCUGCUGCCAAAGCUGCUAAUGGACCCAGCGAUCCUGGCCAAGUUUUGACCCCAGAUUCUACCCAUAAAGCCUCUCUGCCGAGUCUAAACAACUCCUUCAAUAACUCCUACAUCAGCAGUGACAAUGACUCGGAAUUUGAGGAUGAGGACUUCAAACGGGAAGUCACUCGCCUCAGAGAGAAGCACAUGCGUGAGAUUCAGGAACUUCAAUCCCGCCAGAAGGAGGAAAUAGACCGUCUGUUCACCAGGCUGGGAAAGGUUCCUCCGCCUUCAGCGAUCCCUCCUGUUUUGACCUUGACUGGCAGGAGGAGACGGCCCACCAAAAGCAAGUCAUCGAAAUCGUCCAGAACCAGCAGCAAGAGUCCAUUACAGCCAGGCAGCACUCUAUCCGCCCAGAGCGUCCCGACUAUGUACCCCGGCCAGCUGGCUCUGCUAGCCCCAGGAGGAUUAGCCGAUUCGAACAGCAGCACUCUGCUCCAGCCCCUCAAACCCUCUCCCUCCAGUGACAACCUGUGUUCAGCCUACACCAGCGAGGCGGCGCUCUCUGUGCCCAGCCUGUGUGCUCCCACCCCAGGCUGUGUAAAGUUCAGCUGGGGUUCGGAGCGUUUGGCCUUCAAGCCUGGCGGCAGGAGGACGCGCUUUCUGAGGAAGAUGGUGAAAAAAGUCUGCCCCUGCAACCAGCUCUGUAGGACGAAUAGCACCAAUGCAGUGAGCGGUUCAGGUGGUUUGGGUCAAAGCCAGGGGGGUUCUCAGUGUCUGGCCCCCAACAUGCCAGCCCCACACCAGAGGAAAGGAACCUUCACCGAUGACCUUCAUAAACUGGUGGACAACUGGGCCAGAGAUGCCAUGAACCUCUCACAGGGUAAGAGGAGUGCCAAACAGCUGCAGCAGGCUCCGGUGCAGGGACACAGCUAUGAGGUUAUCCAGUCAGCCAGUCUGGGCAGGAAGUACUCCGCUCCCAGCCAGCUGUGUCCCAGCAGCAUAGGUGGUUCAGCCCACAUCCCAACAAACUCCAGCACCGCUACCUCUCUGGCUGCCCGAAAGGGCUCUUUAUGCCACCCUCCUGCCUCCUCCACUCCACCCCAACCCCAGCUUCCCCAGUUCAUCCACUACACCCCAACUGCUGCCUAUAGUGCACAAUGGUCUGGUCCGGCUCACAGCCUGUCCACCCCACACCAAGCACCAACACAGCCUCUGCUGGUCAGUACCUCCCAACCCCUGGGCCCCUACCCCACGCCACAGGGACAGAUUCCAGGCCAGGGGCCACUCCAAGCUUUCCAUGUGACCAAUACCCUGCAGAAAUCAGUCAGUAACCCAGGAGGACCCAACUUGAGGACCACGUAGGGCUCAGAGUCGGGGCCGGUUUAAAUCACGGCCUGAGAGGACUGGUGUGAAGUGGAGUGUUCAUCGCUGGAUUGACUAGAAAGUGUGAUUGAUUUUAUUUCUUUUGUUGGGAGAGGGGGGGUUGAGACGGGGGUAGGCAUGCGUGUGCAUGAGAAGCCACUUCAGGCUGCACUUCAGAGAAAAGCAGUGCAGCCUUUCUGCUGUGGGCUUGUAGCAAAAGAAAAAGACUCAGAGUACAAUGAUAAAAGGCCAAAGAGGUUCUGACAGGGUGUGUGGGCUUGCUGUCAAUAACUGUCUGCAUGUUUGCUCUAAUGGCUGGUUUACACUUGUUGGAUUUCACGCUCUGACAUGAGUUAACAUAUCUUUACAUAAUAUGGGUUAGCGAGCCGUGCUUACUAGACAGACGACAUUGCAUCAGGCUCAGGAGGAGGAAGAAUGUGGUAGCCAGCUUUUACAAAAUCCAACUUGAGCCUUUGUGUCCGUGCAGUACCUUCUCAUCAAUUCCUGCUGGUACUGAUUUUAAGGCCUCUGCUAUCCAUGUUUAUCAGUCUCUGCUAGAAAUCCCAACAAAAAAACUUGCAAAUAUGCAUUUCUUCCAUUGGGGGUGAGCAUUGCUAGUCCUCACAUUAACCGAUAUUGUUGCUUAGUGUUAGGAAUCAAAAUCAUCAGUGUUUCUGGCAGCAGUUAGCAUCCUUAAAUCAAAGGAUUACAGGAGGAGAUGCAAAUGGCAGCAGAUAGAAGGGUGAGGUGAGAGCAGAAGACGAGUCCGCAUAACUCUAAUCGAAUGUUUCAGGAAGUCGUUUGGAAGUUGGAGAGCCUUCCUAACCUUUAAAAGCACAAAGCGAGUCAAGAUUAAAUCAAAUACAUAUCGAGACUAGAUGUAGCCCAGCAUCUCCGCCGUCUUCUUCUCCCCCUCCCCACCGCUCAGUGUGGCAAAGUAUUCAAGCAGGUAGAGAGAGAUGGAAGUGGGAAAGCCCUCCAUCAGCUUCCUGUUUCAGCUCACUUCAUGUCGAUGGGGGUCCCAAACGGGCAGAACAGAUGCUUCACGACUUCUUUCGUCCCUCUCUCUUCACCUCCCUGUUGCAAUUUGAAGCAAUAACAGCAGAAACCUUUUAGAAGAGGACAAAAAAAGCCCGAACACAAGAGAACUCAGUGUGUAAAAGUGACCUUGUUAUCAAGAUAAUAUCCAUGUAUAGUUCGUGUCUGUUUUUUCGAAUGUCUGCUAUGAUGAUUCCAUUUUUUUGUGUGUGUGUCGUCGGGUUGGUUCCCUUGUUGCCCCCUGCCCCACCCACCUACCGCCACCCCAGCUAGCAAUCUGACGCAUACACAUUCACACACCCACGCAACUCUUAUGACAUUCAUAUAAAUACACAAAGCCGCAUACAGUCAUUCACAGACUCAUGUAAAUACACUCACGCAUAGUUGGAGGUGUCAGCUGUCAGACUCAUGGGCCGUGCCUCAGUUCUUAGUGUCAUAAUUAGGUCGUUUUCAAUAUCUGGGUUGAAAUGCAAUGUACAUUAUUGUCAUAAUUAUUGUUGUUAAUGAUUGUUCUAUUUAAAAAGAAACAAAAAACAAAACCGUGUUCUGUCAAUGGACCUGUUAUAUGUGCACAUCGCUGUAUGAUGUGGAGACACUGUGAUUAUUGUUGUUUGUUAUUAGCAAAUGUUGUUGGACAACAUUAGUUUUAGGGUGAAUUUAAAAACAACAAAAAAAGCAUAUUUAGAAUAGUUUUUCGGGGUCCUUUCGCUUUCAAUUCACAGCUUUCCACAAACGAAUUUUUGGAGAUCGGUAACCCCUCUCUCUCUUUCUCUUUUUUUCCAAUAAGCGUCCUUCUGUCAGUUUACUGAGGACACACUUCCAAACCAAUGCCUUACCAACAACUAAUCAAUCCGUUUUUUCAGGUCAUCUCUAUAAACUGGGUGAAUUGAAAGCCGAAACUGACCUGAGUAUAAAGACAAACCGGCGUGAACGGCAGGAUAGUCGAUAUUUAGAUAAUAAAGUAAAGCUAGCUAUUUUUUUUCUUAAUACAGUACUUGUCUAUCAGACACUUUAAAUAGCCCUCCUCUUCCCUUUCUCCCCUGGUUUUGUUAGAUGAAUGUGAAUGUAUAAAAACCAAUGGUGUCCAUUUUUAAUGUACUUGAAAAAAAAAAACCCUGUCUUUUAUUUUCGCUUGUCUUCGCUCCCCCUGACCCCUCUAGAGCCUCUAGUGAUGGCUGGAGGUAUUAAACUAGUGCCUUGCUUCCUUCCUGUUGCUUCUCCAUUGGAGGUUAAAGUGAGCACAUUGGACAGAAUGUGUGGAGGAUAUAAGGUUGUUGCUGUGAAGUUUAGCGGAUGAGGCCUGCAGUGUAUAUGUGCGCGCACGUUUAGGCCGGCUUGUGAUGAUUCCUCCUGAGUGUAUUUUCUGCAAAAUGGGGAAAUUUGGAGUGAAAUGCUCUGCUGCCGUUUGAACGAAGGUUGAGAUUGACGUCCAGAGACGGAGAAAGGCAACCGUUUGUUAUCAGUGUUGUUUCUAUUGCUGUAUAUUAUUAUUUUUUUCUUCAGUUUUAAGGAGGGAGUUUAUUGAAGAUUGUAUUCGAAGCUUGGACCACUCUGUACUUUGACCCGAGUGCAGCAUACUUGCGGGGAGAGCAUGCCGUGGUACAGUGACAUAAUGUUCUUUUUAACGUGAGAUCAGCUGAUAUUAAAGACUCGUUUUAACUUUCUGUCAGGAUUUGAAACUCUGAGACCAUCAGAGCUAACCAGGAAUGUGAUAUAGGCCAUGAUGUCGCGCUCUACUGUCAGAAUAAUUUGGGUUUACUGAAAUAUUGUGAGAAGUGCAGGCUAAUGGCCCUGUUUAGGUAUGUCUGAAAUCUGUUUAUACUUGGCGUUAAAAUGUAUCUGGAGGGAUCAGAUCACAUGUGGAUGUGGCACUAAAUAUAAAAAGGACCACCAAGGCACACUGUGAUAGGCUGAGGUAGUCUGCAGUGCAUCAGGCCACUUCUUUUGAAGUGUAAAUAUCGUUGUGCCCUGAUGCAUUCCCCUCAAGGACUUCAGAGGAAAGCAUGUCACCAGUGCAAGAUGUACAGUAUAGGUCCUUUUUCCUAUUGUUCUGCCUCCUUUGCAAGUCACAAAUGAAUUAUCUGUGUUUGUUUGCUAGCCUUUAACUAUCUAGCAAAAGUCACAUAUACAGGAAGUAGCCAAGCAGUCAGCUGGACACUUUCAGACACGGUAAACAACAGCUGUAAUCUUGUGAUCCAGUCAUGCAUUAGAUGCAUUAGUCAAACCGAGUCUAAAGAAGGUUCGGUAUAUCUAAAUAAGCAGCAACCUAACACUUGAAAAUGCAACUUUAAAAAAAUGCAGCCAAAAAAGUGUUUGGUGCAUAUAGAUACUCUGUAACAUCAACUUUUUCUGAUACAUUUUAAACUAGUUGGAAGUAACUAGCUGGAAGAAAGAAAGAUAAAGAAAAACAAGGCAGUACUUUGUCAGGACCCAUAAAAAUUCUGCAAAAAUAUUAACGAGGCAGCACAGUUGUCAGCUGUCUUUACAGAAAUUGAAAAACCAACAAAUAAAAGUCAGCUUUAACGAGUUUUUGAGUGAAGGUAUGACAGAGAUGAUGGCAGUCAUGAUGAUUGAUGGAUUUAAGGGAGUACGUGCAAGGCCUCUGGCACCCUCUACUGUUUUUUUGUUUUGUUUUUUUAACCUGUAACACAAAUUAAACAUUUGGUACAAACUUCAAAGCUUUGCAUCUUUCCAUUGCUUUUUGCCAGAUUGUGUGUAAGUUACUUUGUAAAGUUUGUGCAAAAGAGCAUAGAUCUUUUAUCGUUAUAUUCCUAGAGAAAAAUAACGCGACAUUUUUUACUACUUGGCAAGUUUGGUUGAAGCUGUGAAUAGUCAUUGAGCCACUUUGCUUCUGAGUUCUCAAUAUAAGCAUUCUGUCAGACCUUUAAUGAUGCCACAAACUCAGUGCCAUUUGAUUUUUUGUUUUUGUCAGUGGCGGAAAAAAAGUGGCGUAGUUACCUGCUUUAAUUCACUGGAGCUGUGCCAGGUAUCAUCCUGGAUCUGCACUUUGCAGCUGCAGAUUUGAGGUUUGGUCAUAUUUUACUGUCUCUCUGUUACGCAAUGAUUACAAUAAAAGGAAUACCUGCUGCGCUGCAAUGCCCUUGCAUGCAGUAUUAAAACUGUCACUUUAAUAAUAUCAAUAUCAAACUGAGAUUACAGUAGGUUUUGACGGCUAUGCCCCUGCUGGAAGUGGGUGCAGUUAUUGUGAAGUUUUGGAGUUGUCGUGGAGGAAUUUUACUGUGAAAGGCUCGAAAGUUUUCCAGCACAGGCACUCUUAUUGUGAAGUUUCCUCGAGUUAAAGUGGAAAAGUAGGAUUGUGUGUUUCAGGAGAGGCGUGCACGGUGUAGCAAUAGUUUGAACUCGCUUGCAUUAGAAUCAGUUUCCUGUUGAUGUGUUUUCCAGUUUUCGCCUCUUCAGGACUCGCUUACCCUUUACGCUUUUCACUGUAGAAGUGCCCACAUGUAAAAAAAAAAACAAACAAAAGAGAGAGAAAAACAACAAUAAAAGAGAUUCUGCCUUUCAGCACACACACACACACAAAGCCACAGUCACAGAUACAUGCAACUCCUCACUGUUUUAUGUAGCUUGCUCCUGUGAAAUGAUGUGUUGAAAACAGCAACGGUUUCUGUGAGCGUUGCUGAAAAUAUGUCGAUUUUGUUUCUUGUCUCUCUCCACUCUCACAUUUUGUUUUUUUGAAUUCUCACUGUGCCGUUUUACUGUCUCUACCAGCUCCUAAUUUAAUUCAUUGCUUUCCUUUUUCUGUAUCGUGGUUGACAUUGUUCAAACAUGGUCGGAUUUUAAGUAAACAAAUAUGAAAGAAUGAAAGAGAACAAAAAAUAAAUAAAUACAUGUAAGGAGUCAUCGACAGCCUUUAAUGGUAUGUUUUGCACUAAGUAUAGAGUGUUCAAGCUUCUUAUUAAAAACAAAACUUUGCGCUUUGCGCUACAAUACAAUAAAUUUGUUACUUUAUUUGUAAAAACUUAAUAAAUAAAAGUUGUUUAAAUGAA